UGAGUAACUGCAAAUUAAAACUUUAAACGAGGUAUCUUACGAAGUUAAAAUUAACUAUAGAGAGCGGUCUAACCCGAGAGAGUGCAGUUUGCGGCAGAACUCAAUAACGUGACAUCACAAACAAAUAGGGUCGCACUUUAUUUUACAAUAAUGAGACGUAAUAAGCCGUACUUUGUAUCAAAUUAGACCGAAACCUGAAAUAAUAUGUUCUUUAUUAGACAGUAAACGAAAACAGUCAUACCCUAAUUAGAGACCAGACGGCUUAUUACAGCUUAUUAGUGUACCGUAAAAUAUAGUGCGACCACAAAUAGUGCUCUAAAAGACACACAGCUAGCUAGCUCAGUAUAAUAAUAAUAAUAAUAAUACGUAUGCUACGUUAUAGUUGCUAUACUUUAAUUGCUUCUCGCAACAAUGAACUUCGUUGGGAAACGGCGUAGCGUUAUUAGAAAAUGUUGCUCAUAUCAUGAACGAGUUAACGGUGGAGAAAGUGCUGUCGUGAACGAAGCCCAGUCCCAGAACUGCUGGCGGUGCGGUAGAGGACACAGUGAAGGUGCCAUUUGGGACAAAGUGUCUGGAUGCUGCCUUGUGUUUCCCUGCCUCAGUGAAAGAUGUUCAUACAGCCGUGAUUCUCACACAUGGGGCUGGUGGAGACAUGAACUUGAAACAGCUGGUUUCUCUGGCACAGGCCUUGGCUUCAGCUGGCUUCCUUUGUUUCCGUUUCACAUGCAAAUGUUUAAACUUGGCUUAUAGAGUGAAGGCUUACCAUGCUGUGUGGGACUACUUGAAAUCCCUCCAGAAGUUUACCAUACAGCACAUAUUCGUUGGAGGCAGGUCCAUGGGAUGUCGUGCUGCUGCAGCUUUAGCCAGGCAGCUGAGUGACGAAUCAGAGGAUGCAGUGCAUGGUGUCAUCUGCCUGUCUUUCCCCCUGCACCCCCCAGGACAGACACGAGCCCAUCGGCAACGGAGUGAAGACCUCAGGGGGCUACCUGAACGCAUGCCUGUACUGUUUGUGUCAGGCACUGAGGACAACAUGUGUGACAGGGAUCUUUUUGAUGGGAUGGUAAAAGAAAUGAAAGCUCAAGUUGAGGUUUUCUGGCUAAAAGGAGGCAGCCAUGGACUGACAGUGAAGGGAAGGUCAGAGGAUUCUUUGUUGGAUGAAGUGAACUUACAAGUCAUCACCUGGAUGAGUAAGCAGGGACCGUAGAUUAAUUUAUGUUAUCAUGUUUUUUUUUUUGUUUUCUUUGUUUUGUUAUAUUCUACUAGUUAAAUAAAUAUAUAUUUUUACACAAUGCA